CAGGAUGGGGUGCAUGAAGUCCAAGUUCCUCCAGGCCGGAGGCAAUACAUUCUCAAAAACUGAAACCAGCGCCAACCCACACUGCCCUGUGUAUGUGCCGGAUCCCACAUCCACCAUCAAGCCGGGGCCUAAUAGCAACAACAGGAACACACCAGGAACUGGGGAGGGCUCUGAGGACAUCAUCGUGGUUGCCCUGUAUGAUUAUGAGGCCAUUCACCACGAAGACCUCAGCUUCCAGAAGGGGGACCAGAUGGUCGUCCUAGAGGAAUCUGGGGAGUGGUGGAAGGCUCGAUCCCUGGCCACCCGGAAGGAGGGCUACAUCCCAAGCAAUUAUGUCGCCCGCGUUGACUCUCUGGAGACAGAGGAGUGGUUCUUCAAGGGCAUCAGCCGGAAGGACGCAGAGCGCCAACUCCUGGCUCCCGGCAACAUGCUGGGCUCCUUCAUGAUCCGGGAUAGCGAGACCACUAAAGGAAGCUACUCUUUGUCCGUGCGAGACUACGACCCUCGGCAGGGAGAUACUGUGAAACAUUACAAAAUCCGGACCCUGGACAACGGGGGCUUCUACAUAUCCCCCCGAAGCACCUUCAGCACCCUGCAGGAGCUGGUGGACCACUACAAGAAGGGGAGCGAUGGGCUCUGCCAGAAACUGUCGGUGCCCUGCAUGUCUUCCAAGCCCCAGAAGCCUUGGGAGAAAGAUGCCUGGGAGAUCCCUCGGGAAUCCCUCAAGCUGGAGAAGAAACUUGGAGCUGGGCAGUUUGGGGAAGUCUGGAUGGCCACCUACAACAAGCACACCAAGGUGGCAGUGAAGACAAUGAAGCCAGGGAGCAUGUCGGUGGAGGCCUUCCUGGCAGAGGCCAACCUGAUGAAAACUCUACAGCAUGACAAGCUAGUCAAACUUCAUGCAGUGGUCACCAAGGAGCCCAUCUACAUCAUCACGGAGUUCAUGGCCAAAGGAAGCCUGCUGGACUUUCUGAAAAGUGAUGAGGGCAGCAAGCAGCCCUUGCCAAAACUCAUUGAUUUCUCAGCCCAGAUUGCAGAAGGCAUGGCCUUCAUCGAGCAGAGGAACUACAUCCACCGAGACCUCCGAGCCGCCAACAUCUUGGUCUCUGCAUCCUUGGUGUGUAAGAUUGCUGACUUUGGCCUGGCCCGGAUCAUUGAGGACAAUGAGUACACAGCUCGGGAAGGGGCCAAGUUCCCCAUCAAGUGGACAGCUCCUGAAGCCAUCAACUUUGGCUCCUUCACCAUCAAGUCAGACGUCUGGUCCUUUGGUAUCCUGCUGAUGGAGAUCAUCACCUACGGCCGCAUCCCUUACCCAGGGAUGUCAAACCCCGAAGUGAUCCGAGCUCUGGAGCGUGGAUACCGGAUGCCUCGCCCGGAGAACUGCCCAGAGGAGCUUUACAACAUCAUGAUGCGCUGCUGGAAGAACCGUCCGGAGGAGCGGCCGACCUUCGAAUACAUCCAGAGUGUGCUAGAUGACUUCUACACGGCCACAGAGAGCCAGUACCAACAGCAGCCAUGAUGGGUAGGGCCAGGGGGUGCCCAGGUGGUGGCUGCAAGGUGGCUCCAGCACCAUCCACCAGGGCCCACGCCCCCUCCCUACUUCCAGACACCCACCCUCGCUUCAGCCACAGUUUCCUCAUCUGUCCAGUGAGUGGGUUGAACUGGAAAAUCUCUUUUUGACUCUCGCAAUCCACAAUCUGACAUUCUCAGGAAGCCCCCAAGUUGAUAUUUCUAUUUCCUGGAAUGGUUGGAUUUUAGUUACAGCUGUGAUUUGGAAGGGAAACUUUCAAAAUAGUGAAAUGAAUAUUUAAAUAAAAGAUAUAAAUGCCAAAGUCUUUACCAAAA